GCUGCGGUACAAGGCGUCCUGUUUGACUUUACCAGAAACCUAGCUCUGUGUUUUUAGGACAUAAACCUCCGAGAGUACCAUUUAAUGAAAGAAUAGGGCUAUUACAGCAUCCAGCUUCACCAAGGAACUUAACACGAAAGUCUAGACCUCCACAAAACAUUUUUUUAAUGCAUUGUCAAUGCUAGGUUAGCCAGCAAGCUAGUCCCUCCGUGCUCACCUCAGGUACAUUUCAUGUGAAAAUGCUCGUCCGUGGUUUUAGGCCAUGGCUGCUACGCUGCAGGACGCUCCCUGUGACUGCUGCACGACCUUACCACGCAGAUCAAGUGGCUCGAUUGGGAUCGCAGCCUGAUAAACAAUCAUCUGACUAUCAGGAAAACUAUCAGCGUAUGAAAGUUCUUGUUGAUGAAUUGAAAACACGGACAGGGAAGAUCAAACUGGGUGGUGGUGAAAAGGCUAGAAAACUUCACACAUCAAGAGGGAAGCUUUUACCUAGAGAGCGCAUAGACCGACUACUGGACCCAGGGAGCCCUUUCCUAGAGUUCUCUCAGUUUGCUGCAUAUGAGCUGUAUGGGAAGGAAGAGGUGCCUGCUGGUGGCAUCAUCACAGGGAUUGGUCGAGUUUCAGGAGUGGAGUGUGUCAUUGUUGCAAAUGAUGCUACUGUCAAAGGCGGCACAUAUUAUCCAAUCACAGUGAAGAAACACCUUCGUGCCCAAGAAAUAGCUCAACAGAAUCACUUGCCAUGCAUUUAUUUGGUGGACUCUGGUGGUGCCAAUCUGCCCAGACAGGCUGAUGUCUUCCCAGACAGAGAUCACUUUGGCCGUAUUUUUUUUAACCAGGCUAAUCUAUCAUCACAGGGAAUAGCACAGAUUGCAGUCGUCAUGGGAUCCUGUACUGCUGGAGGAGCCUAUGUACCAGCUAUGGCAGAUGAGAGUAUCAUUGUCAGGAAGCAAGGAACAAUUUUUCUCGGGGGACCACCUUUGGUAAAAGCUGCAACUGGAGAAGAAGUAUCUGCUGAGGAUCUUGGAGGUGCUGAUCUGCACUGCAAAAAAUCAGGUGUAACGGACCACUAUGCUUUAGAUGACAACCACGCACUCCACUUAGCAAGAAAAGCCGUAAGAAGUCUCAACUACAGGAAGAAUGUGGAUGUGACCACAGAACCAACAGAGGCACCUCUGUUCCCUGCAGAUGAGCUCUAUGGCAUUGUGGGAGAUAAUCUAAAGCGCAACUUUGAUGUCAGAGAGGUCAUUGCCAGAGUAGUAGAUGGCAGCAAAUUUGAUGAGUUCAAGACUUUCUAUGGAGAUACACUAGUUACAGGUUUCGCUCGAGUUUUCGGAUACCCCGUUGGUAUCAUUGGCAACAAUGGAGUCCUGUUUUCAGAAUCAGCCAAAAAGGGAACACAUUUCAUUGAACUAUGUUGUCAGCGAAACAUUCCUUUAAUUUUUCUCCAAAACAUCACAGGCUUCAUGGUUGGCAGAGAGUACGAAGCAGGAGGCAUUGCCAAGGAUGGGGCCAAAAUGGUGACUGCAGUUGCCUGUGCCAGUGUUCCUAAGAUCACUGUCAUUAUUGGAGGUUCUUAUGGUGCUGGAAACUAUGGCAUGUGUGGAAGGGCUUACAGCCCCCGGUUCUUGUACAUGUGGCCCAACUCUCGUAUUUCAGUGAUGGGUGGGGAGCAGGCCGCUACUGUGCUGGCUACCAUCACCAAGGAUCAGAGGGCACGCGAGGGAAAGGAGUUCACUGCAGAAAUGGAAGCUGCCAUGAAGGAACCAAUUGUGCGCAGAUUUGAGGAAGAAGGCAGCCCGUAUUAUUCCAGUGCUAGGCUGUGGGAUGAUGGAAUUAUCGAUCCAGCUGAUACACGGCUGGUCCUUGGGCUUAGUCUCAGUGCUGCGCUCAAUGCACCAACCAAAAAGACACAUUUUGGAGUUUUUAGGAUGUAACUGGACUUAUUUACAAUUUGUAAAAACAUAUACUUUACUUAAUAUCAUGUACUUUUAGCAUAAACUUUAAAUAAUAACUUGUAAAUCUGAAGCUAUUAGCAGUUGAAUUGAUGAUGAGUGGUACUUCUGGACUUGUGCCUUAUUAAAUUCUCUUCUACUGUAAAUUGUAUGUAGUGUAUAGUGUGGAACAUAGUGGUGAAAAAUAAAAAUGUGUGCUGGCUGUUACAAUUCC